AAAAACACACCGGAACAAUUAUUCGCAACACGAUGAGGCAUGCGUGUCUGCUGCAGCAAAAGUCGGUAAACGACUCGGAACAUCGUGAUGGAUUGCCAAGAUAUUCUCUAAGCGAGACACGUGGGAAAUAUUCGCCUUCCAGAUGCGCUGGGAUUCAAAGCGGACGGUCCUUUUGGCUGCACCACAGAGAUGGAAAACAUUUUGUUCAUAGGCGGUGCCAUAUGCCCCACUUACCACUUUGUGAUGCUCACUGUUGUCCCUUUCCGAUUUUUUAUUUCUUUUGUGCGAGUAGAUGCGUGAACGCUGUUUUUCUUUUUUUUUUAUGUUCUCACGUCGUUUGAUCCCUCGUUAUAUACCUUUGUGAUAUACCGCAGAAGAGCGACGAGUUACCACGGAACUAGCGGACGACAUGCAGCAGCGCGGCGUCAUUCAGCCUUCUCAAAGCCCUUGGUCGUCAUCUGUCGUUCUAUAGUGCGCAAAAAUGAUGGCUCCAUUCGAUUUGGUAUCGAUUAUCGAUGCCUAAAAGGGAUUACGAGAAAAGACGUUCGCCCACUGCCUGUGAUCGACGACGCGCGCUCUUCAUCGUCUGCAACACUUAUCGGCUUUAGAUCUCCGCUCUGGCUAUUGGCCGUUCCCACGGCUUCCCAAAGCCUCUUCCUCCUCGGCCUGUCCCACGCAGUGGGUACAACCGCCGCGUUUCGAAGAGCAAGCAAGCUCGAGCCGCUCGCGCCUCGAUCUUCGGCCGCGGUCGUGCGAGGUCGUGGUGGGGGUGGGAAAGCGAAGCGCAGCUCCGCGGCCGCCCACGCCACGCGGCGAGACCUGCAGAAGAGGCGGCGGCAGGAACAUGGCGCGGCCGACGCCGUCGGCCGUCCCGGCUCUCCGACCCUGACCGCGGCGGGGCAUGGUCGCCUGGCCCCCGCCGUCGCUCGUGUGCACGGUAGCCGUACUGCUGCGCGUCGGUAUCGCCGCCGCCGGAGUCAUGUCUCGCCGUCGGGUACACCAGCAGCAGUCCGGGUCGUCGCCGUCCGGCGCAGCUCGUCACCAUGACGACGUGGUCGAGGACGGCGCCGCCGCGGCCGAUCCCGUCAUGCUUCUGCCGGAGCUGGUGGGCCGUCUGCUGAACGAGGCGGCCGCCCGCGUGGACGACGAGGCCGUCCGGCUCGACGACGGCGUCGUCUGGAAGCCGCUCCGCGAGCCAGACCAGGUUAAGGCGGCCGGAGAGCACGUGAGCGGCCUACCGGAAGUGAAAAACGAGCUGCGAUCCAUCGACGAGGCCGCGGCUGUGGUCGAGAGCGACGUCUUUCCCUCGCGCUUCCAGUCGUCCGCGGUAGCCUCUCGGCUCCGGCAGCAGGCCGCCGAAAAAGCCGCCCCAAUCAAGACCGCGAUCCUCGAAGACCGCGAUCCGGGGACUGACGCCGACAUGGCGCAGAACCACCCGAGCGGCAGCAACAACAGCGGCAAGGACGCGGCCAACCGCUCGGGCACUCCGACGAACCAGAGGAUCCCACAAGAGCCGAACCACGACGACAAAGCCGACGCUUGCGACGACGCCAGCGCGACCACGAACCGCGCCAGGGAGGAGCAACGGGACGUCGUCGCGGUCGACGAUAACCUAAAGGGCGACGACUCGCUGCCCGGUGGCCCCGAAGUCGGCUCCAAGGCGACCCUGACCGAGACCCUCGACGUCGCGGACGCGAGCGUGCAAGUCGAUGCGGCCCCCGCGGAGGAGGCGAGGCUGCCGCCGGACGCGCAGCCCGUGACGACGACCGCGGAACCGCGAAAGCGCGUGGCCACGGUGGACCGGGAGAUGCAGACGGCGACGCCGUCCAAGAAGUCGUCCACCAAGGACAGGCAAUCGCAGACGCUGCCCACGACGCCGACCCUGUACUCGAUGGCGACGCAGACGGAAUUCCAAGACGCGCCCUGGUACGCGUUCCGCACGUCCGUGCAGAAGAAGAAGCUGGCGGCCAUCAUAUCGGCCGUGUUCGUGCUCGUCUACUUCAUCCUCUGCUACGGACUCGUCAACGCCGCGCGAGAGAUGUACGCGGAGCACGUCUUCGAGGAGCUCGACUUCCUCUGACUUUUUCUUUUUUUUCGGGCUCGUGCUGCUUCGCAACUUUCCGAGCAGACGUCGCCGUGGGGUUGCUCGCGUGCGAGUCCGUGGCAACGUUUCGGCGAAUCGUCGGGAGGGGGCAGAGAACGACGGACACCCAUAAUUUGCACGUACAGGUCGCGGGCCCGGCAGCGCUGUCAGACAGGUGGCCGGCACUGUCACGACGAUGGGUCGGUAUUGAAAUUGUGUUCACACCCACGCACGGGGGUUGGAGGACGCGAGGUACGAUUUGGAAGGCUUCGCAAACACACGGCUCGUGACGAAGUGGGCGGGAUAACGAAUCGCUUCAAGCCUCGAGGAAAUCGACGAAAAUUUCAGUGUACAAUAAAUCGACUUUCCGUUUGCCUUCGACCGUUUCGCAUACGUGUAGAAACAUGAAAGGAAAUUUAGGGUAUGGCACUCUAGGUACACUCCCAGGGACAGCCUUCGUCUGUUGCUAGCUUGCAUUCAUUUUAACAGGCUGCGCUCGCUGUGCUUGGUUUCUUGCCUUUUUUCCAAUGGUAUGUCACGCUGACAUAAGCGCCUGCCGCGCGCUCAGAUAAAUGAAAGUCACGCAACACAGAUGUAAAUUAUUGUUUGGGGACAAAGGGCGGAAACUUUUUUGCAGAAUCUUUUUUUUUGUUACGGUAGGAUUGUUUUUUCCCUCUGCAACGUGCACAAGUCUAUAGCCGAUGCUAUAACGCAUAUUCAGAAAUUCGCCCAGAAACUCCUCUUGAGUUUAUAAAUGUUAUUGAACUUGAUCCGACCACUAUAAACCCUUAUCAACCGUCAUCGGUCGUUAACAACUUUUUUGAAAUGAUCCGACCCUCAUGAACUCUUAUCGGUCGUUAUCAACCUGAAUGUCCAGCGAAGUUGUUGCAAAACCGCCACUACAUUUGAUGAGCGCUUUAUACUUAAUGCUUUACUGAUAGUGAUCGGAUGCUUGCUUUGAGCUUGUUUUUUUUUUAAACGUAUGCUGUUCUGUGCGUUGUAUGGGUGAUUUAAAUGAAUGAAUGCACUGUUCGCUUCA